AGUUGUUUCGCAGCCGGUGAAGGAAUGUGAGCUAUGUUAUUGUCAUGCUCACGUCAAAAGACAUAAUUAAAAGUAAAGCUCUUUACUGCGCAAAAAGCAAUUAGAAAUGUGUUUCGAAGCCGUUCUUUUCCCUACAAGAGACUGAUAAUUGGUUUCAGGGGAACUGGCUGUGGCGUAUUACCAAAGGACACUGCAGUCAUUUUGUUGGGAGAUCUAAACAAUGUCCUCCCAGCCAGAUAAUUUAAUACUGUCCUCAGGUCACAACUUCAGCAUGGACUACUCCUCUCGGGACAUUCAGCUGAAAACCAUCGGCCUGGGUUUCGUCUUCUACACCUUUGUUUUCCUGUUCUCUCACAUGCUAUCUAGCCUGCUGCUUCACACCUACCGCUCGCUGUCAGCCAAAGAAAAGGUCUUCUGGGAUUUGGCGGUGACGAGGGCUGUGUUUGGUGUCCAGAGCUCGGUGGCAGGGCUUCGGGCGCUCAUGGAGGACUCUGCUGUCUACUCUGAUAAGAUUCUUGGGCAGGAGGACUGGUCCUGGUUUAAUGUGCUGACCGCUACAGGCUUCUUCCUGUUUGAAAACGUGGCCCUUCAUGCGUCCAAUGUGACAUUCCGGUCUUUCGACCUGGCGUUGGCCGUGCAUCACUUCUUCGCCCUCGCAGGGUUUGUUGGGACGGUUGUGUGGAACUGGCUGGGUCAUUUCCUCCCCAUGGUGACUUUGCUGCUGGAGAUGAGCACACCUUUCACCUGCAUCUCCUGGAUGCUGCUUAAGGCGGGUUGGUGUAAGACGUUUUUUUGGAAAGCUAACCAGUGGGUGAUGAUUCACAUGUUCCACUGCCGUAUGGUUGUGUCCUACUACAUGUGGUGGGUGUGUUGGAAUCAUUGGGAGGAGAUGAACACCCACAUCCCAUUGGUUCAGAGACUGUUGUUCUUCAUAGGCCUCUUCUUGCUCACCUUCUUCCUCAACCCCGUUUGGACGCACAAGAAAACCCUGCAGCUUCUUAAUCCCGUGGACUGGAACUUUGACAAUAAGCCUUCAGCAGAGAACGGUCCAGUCCGAGACCAGGCUCAACACAAGCCCCAUGCCAGCUGAUCAAAGCCUUAUGGGAAAUGCUGCCAGGAGAAGGUACAGUCUAGUAAACAGGGCAAAUGAAAGCAGAGACGAUAUGCAAUAUCACACAGUUGCAUUUAUAUUCAGUAUUAUUUGUUAGGUUUGUUAAGAAAGUUUAGUUUUAGCACUGACUAGUACUGCUUGCUACAAUGUGGUAAAGUGUCUGUAUUAAAUGAAUAACUCAAUCAUUUACUGACCCUUAAUGUUGUUCCAAACCUGAAAGUAUGACUUGUUUUUGUCAAAAUAUGUCAGUGUCAAAAUUCAAUGUCAUCCAAAACAAUAUUUCAUGAUUUUCAUUAUAUGGGUUUCUUUUAAAGACAAUUUUAAUUUAUUAUUUAUUUUGUUUUACUCAAGAAAGAAUGUCAUACAUGCUUGGAAUGACGUGAGGGUGAGUUUGCAUUUUAGGUGAACUAUUCCUUCAAGUAGUUCUAUCUAUAUAUUUUUAGGCAUUUAACACGUUGACUAGAAACCUGGUGCAUGUGUCAGGGAGACUUCUUCAGGCCUGCAAAUAUCAUGAGAUCCGUUUUAUGCAACUUGCUUUCAACUUCCUGUUUGAGUUGAGUUGGGCGUCCUGAAACAAGCUUUUUAAGUGUGUUUGGGUGUUUCGGGAGCGGCUGUUUGAGUCUUAGUUCUCUUUGUACACUGGCAGGCCGUAUAGCACCGUAUAGCUUUGAGUUCCUGGUCUUUUUUCUUACGUUUUUAUCUGAUAGGCUCAUAUUUGUUACUGGUUAUUUGUCAUGUGAUAACGAAAAUGACUGCUUCAUGACCAAGCAUAGUCUGUCAACCACACUGUACUUAACUAAACAUGACUCCGUUGCUAUGGAAACUUCAGCUCAAAACCACCUUAUUUUUGUUUAGUUGUAUUUUUCUUUUACAGAUGUUGGUGUGCAAAGGCUGUAGGCAGUGUUUUGUGAGUUUUUGUGGACGUUUGACUAAACUCUUUGUGUUCUGCAUAAAUAGGGUUUGUUCUGACAGAGACUGACUUAUCUCUGUAGAAAGGAGUGUGUGUGUGUGUGUGUGUGUGUGUGUGUGUGUGUGUGUGUGUGUGUGUGUGUGUGUGUGUGUGUGUGUGUGUGUGUGUGCGUGUGUGUGCGUGUGCGUGUGCGCGUGAGUGUAUGUGUGUGCGCGCAUGCCAAAGAGGAUAAGCAAUGGAAAGGAAGUUGUUUUUAUUUUACAAUAUAUUGUUUCAUUUUGAGAACCUUUUUUGAGUUCCUCUGUGUUUGGUUAUACUCAGUACUUCUCCUUUUAUAUAGGUUAUAUAGAACUUUAGUUGAAAAGCAAAACAGAAAAUUUACAUUGGUUCAUACAGCAUAUUUAAAGCAAAUAUAACAGGCAAGACUAAAUAAUACAGUGUUAAAUUCAUCUGGAUGUGAAAUGAAGAAAAAUAAAUACAAUGCUUGACCUCUUUAACAGCUCAGGUUAUUCUGAGGACAACACAAAGAGCAGUAUUAUCUGAUAGUGACAGGUGGAAAAGCUAUUGCAUAAAUAUUAAUGAAUUUGUUUAUUCCAUAGAUAUUUUAUAAUGUAAUGGAAACAAAGAAGCAGUUUAACUGCUAUCAUCAGCUGCUAUAAUACCUCGGCUUUAGGUGCUCUUGUUUUUCCGUGAGGUUUAAAAAAGAGCAUUUCAGCUUUAUCAGCUCUCGAUGUGAGAGUCAGAACUGCAGGUUUAAGCUCUAGAAUUAUCACAUGUUCAGCAGGCUAGCUGGGAAGUAACACAAAAUAUCACCGGACCUGAAGCUACAUUCCGGGGGUGGGAUUCAUAUGUAUAUCUAUUUAUACCUAAACCAUGUUUUAUUAUUUAAACAGAUUUUCCCUGUUAUAUUUAAUGGUUCAUUUCAUAUUCAUAAGUUUCAAUUUAAUUAUUUGCUUAAAAAAUUCUGUUGACGCUCUUUUGUAUGUGUGAGUGUGCGUGUACGUAUAUGUAUAAUAAAGGUUUUACA